AUGGAGCACAACUCAUCCAGAGCAUUCGGUGCGCAGGCAGGUCUGUCAUCUUCAUCUGCAAGCUUGCAUCCGUCUACCAUCAACCUGGCUGUGCCCGUUGACAACAAUGCUGACCCGCCUCGGAUCCAGAAACGUCCACGUCGCACACAUGCUCGUCGUUCGUGCAGCAUGUGUCAGCAGCGCAAGGCAAGGUGCGAACUUCCUGACCUCGAGGUGCCCUCCAGCUCCUUGCCUCUUCCUGACCACCAGGCAUGUCACCGAUGCAGAACGCUCCAGAUUUCGUGCAUUGUCGACGACGCCAACAAAAAGAAGCCGAAAAAGUUCGCCAACCAACUCAGCACCCCUCGGCCGCCGACCUCGUCCAGAAACCGGGCUCCUCUCUCUACUCAUCCUCCUUCCAUGCGAAAGUCUUCCACAACUUCGUCCAUCUCAUCUUCGCUGUACAAUGCCAACGGUGUCAAUGGUGCUGACAGCACCAGUACAACCAGCCUUUUAGCUUCGGACGUCCCACCUGUCGAUGUCAAUCACCUCAAACUCGCCGGUGGUCGCGUCUUUGGCGAUCAGAUCAUCUAUCCAGCCGAAGCUCGACUGGCUCCCAGAACGCCCGACUCAUCCUCGGACGAAGACGACGCAACAUCUGUCCCUUCUGCCUCUCGCCAACCCGAUCCAACCAACCCGUGGACCGCAUCGGCCGGCCCCGAAGCUCACAUCAAAACGCAAGAACGUAAUCCCCGAGACUCGGCCAACAUCGACACCUGGGAACGAUUUUCCACCCGGAGUCGUCCUCUCACACUUCUCACCGAGCUUGUCCCACGCCAGAAUCGUUUUGCGUCCAAAGUGUUCCGUCUCGUAUCGGCGCGAGCCACCAUUGAAACCGAUGUCAGCGAGAUAGUCUCGGAUGAAAAGUCCAAGCAGCUCAGCGACUGGUGCGAGUCCAACCUAACGCUCUGGAUGCCCCACAUCUCCAACGCCUACCAGGUCCGCCAAGAGGCGAAACAAGGCAAGCAGACUCUCUCGACCCAACUCCUGGAACAAGUGCUCUACGUGAUCGCCAUGCAGCACAUUCGCGAUCCCAAAGACGAUGUCUUGCGCUUCUCUGUCACCCGCUUUGUCAUUCGAGAUCUGGCACGUGUCAUGAUCACGUCCCCUCGCUCCAGCAAGGCCGUCGAGGCUCUAGAAUUGCUCGCCCUCUUUCCCGUCGAUGUCUCGGCCAUCCCCGGUCCCUCGCGCAACCGCAUCCGCUCCGAUUCGCAGAUCAGCGCCGCGGAACGCUUUGCACGUUCGGUUCGACUCGACCGCGUCGCUUUGACCGCCGCUGCUCCGUACUCGUUUUUCACAUCCUCUAAUCAGCUCGACGACUUUGAGACCAAACGUACAGCCAUGGCAUGGGCUAGCGUCAAGACGUGGUACAAUUGCUUCACUCUUGGCGACGAUGAACUCUACGAGAGCAUCGACAUUCGUUAUUUCUCUGACGAUUGGAGCCGUUCGCUCAUUUUACCUACUCAAGAGUUACCUACUCAAGAGCCCCUCGCAACUGACGAACUGGCUAUGGAGAACGAGCUGUUUGCGCAAAGACGCUGGUCUACGAAGCGUGGCAUCGGCAGCACUGGCCUUGCUAUGCGCUGUCUUGCCAUGAGGCAUCUACUCGUCGCAUUUGAUGCCAUCAAUAAGUGUUCCAUCCGCGAUCUUGAGUCCGAACGCCUCGCUUCUGUGUCGACGACCUUAGACGACUACGUGCAUCAGGUGACAGAGGUUGACAAUGAACUCCAGCGACGCCUUAUCGACGGAAAACAUGGCAGCAACCUCCUCCGAACUUGGCUUACCAUCGAGACCACUGCUGGCCACCUUCUCGUGCUGAGUGCCGGCAUCUUUCGCGGACUAGGCAUCGAUAAGAAGGAGAAUGUCCCUGGACACGAACUUGCCUUGCUUAUCCGUGGAGAGAUUGCCUCGCCAGAGCUACGAGCAUUUCUCUCGCGAUACGGCGAGCAUCUGAUUUUGGCCGCCGAAAAAGUUCUCAUCAAUAUAAGCACGCUCUGCCGAGACGCGAGGGCAGCAAAGACGGCACCCAUCAGUGGUAAAGGUGAAAACGAGUGUGAUCCUACCUCAAGCCGAUGGAUGGUGGAAGGCCAAUCGCGCACUGUGCUUCCAAUGAUCAAUGUAUGCGGGUAUGCGCUUGAGGCUGCCUUCAACGCCAUAGAGAUGCACGCUACCAUGUUUAAGCUGUGGAAGGCACCACCCAAGCGUUCAGACUCUUGGCAGCUCGUCUUUUCGAAUCUUGUCGCCGCCAUGCUCUCGCUGGAUCCCAGUGGUUCGAUCCAGAGCGGCAGCAUUCCCGCCACGUGUGCUUACAUUCUGCAAGGCAUGCUCAAGGUGAUUGUCGCCUGGACUGACUGCAGCCGGAAAAAGGACCAUCAGAGGUGCACCAAGUCCACGUCGGUAAAUACGUCGUCUGAUGAUCCUGCACGUCGAGACCCAGGGAGCCGCGACGGCCAUCAACAACAGCAGCCAGGCGUAAGGCCACACCCCGGUGCUGCAUCCAACCUGGAGCGCUACCCGACCUUGCUCAAGGAUGAUGGUGCAUCGCGCAGAAGCUUUGAUGCCAUGCAAGCCGACAAAAUGGGCGCGACCUCGUCUCUGCCCAGACCGCCUGGCGCGUCCCGACCGACCUCUGAUGCGGCGUCGUCGUUUAGUACGACAGCGUCUAUGUUCGAAGCGGAGGCGCCAAAUUCGUAUCAAUCCAGACAUGCUCGCGGCGAAAAUGGGGUGCAGCAAUCUGGUCCUGAUGCAACGGAAUCGCUUGCGGCUGCAUUGGCAUCCAGUGGAAGUGUUAGAGCUGACAGCGUUGGCACACCCUUGUAUCCGCAUCAGUCGCAAGCGCUGCAGUCGCAACAAGGCAGCUUUUUCACGCCUUACGCAGCAGGCCAUCCGAAUUCGUCGACGCUCGGCGCAUCAGGCUCGUCCAAUGCAUCGUUGCACACAAACACACCGCCUCCUUACUACGACGGCCUCAGCAACCGCAUUAACAUGAUCGAUAGCGCCAGCCACACGUCGACGUUCAGCCUAGCAAAUCGAACCAGCGCCAACAUGGACAUGCAGCAUUCGGCCGCGGCGUACGACUCGCUCGACUUUAUCUUGAAUGAUGUCCUUGUUUCGUCUGAGUGGUCUGGUAUACUGCACGAUAUUUGGCGCACGGAUGUGUAA